AUGGCAUUUCAUGGAGCCAUGGCAUCCGACAUCAGCAAACUCCAUUCCCUGAGGGCCGUCGUUCCAGAGCGAUGCAAGCCACCGCUUCCCACACUCUCUCGCACCUUCUCGUGCAUACCUCGCACACCAGUCACGGUAAAGGAUCAUCAACCGCAGGAUGGCGGCCGCCGAGCCUCGAAAAGAGUAUGGUUCGCAGCGUUUUGGGCACGAUGCCCGCCGGUGCAGCGACCGGUCAGACGCUCGGCGGUCCAAAAGGCCAGCUUGAUGCCUGCCAGAGCCAUGGCCUCGCCCCUCAGGAGCAUGUGCCUGGCCAAUAAAGCCAAUGGGGACACCGGAUGGCGUUCUGUCCAGCGUCCGUGGCCUCCUGGGACCGGCGCCGAACAGGGGAGAGAGGCAAUGGUCUUCCGAAACAGCCAAUCCACGGGGAGCAAUGGCAGUGCGGGGAAGGUCAAAGUGCCCUCACCACCAUGUGCUCCACACCACUUGGUUGCGGGCGGUGCAAGGGAUGGCCCAAGUGAAGCUGGAACGGCCAGAAUCGGGGAAAGUCUGGGGGAAGGCUAA